UUCUGCUUGUCAAAUACAGUCACAUGACAGCUUCCUGUAGCCUUAUCAACAAAGACUCCUCGCCUUCAGGAUAACUUUUCUCCGUUGUUCCUGUACGGUACAAACAGGUCGGGAUGUGUCUCAGAUAACACCGCUGUGUGUUAACAUCGCUCCUUGUUGUUUUAGGACAGAGACAAAGCACAGAGCGGAAGUUUAAAAAAUGUCGGCCGCCGUGGACUUCCACUCUCAGAUCGCCUCCAUCAUGGAGGUGCUGGCUAACGCGGCCGUGGCGGAGAUCUGUAAGGUGGUAGACGACGGCUACGCGGUGGUUCACCUGGAGAUGACCCGCAGCCAGAAGGAGAGCGAGUUCCUGCGGAGGAAGAUCAAACUGCUGGAGCUGCAGGUCGCCCGGUACCGAGCCGAGAGGGUGAAGGCGGCGGAGGGAUCUGUGAACAGCCGCUUCCAUGGGGUCCGCCUCUUCAGCCGGCAGAGCAGAGACUCAGCGGCCGGCCCCUCUCUGCAGGGCAGGACCAGGUUUUUGAAUCGGGGUCCAGCAGCCCAGCAGUCUCUGCAGAAGACCCCCCCUAUAAUCCUGGACCAGGACCCUGAUCAGGAGGUCGUCACCACCACUAAAACUGAGUCUGCAGAGCCUGAGGAGGAGGAGGAGCUGCUCAUAGUGAAGGUGGAGGGAGCCACUGAGACCGCCACCGCCCACCAGGAGGCGUCAUCGAACCCCUGCAUCAACAGAGGAGACAUCGACCCCCCCACAUCGCUCCCCACCACCUCAAAGGACGGCGGAAGACAGCUCAGUGAAAUGGAGGCCCAGGGACGUCCGACACACCUGAGCAGCCCUCCGAGCGAGCGGGAAGAGAAGAAGGAGGUGACAGGUGACCAACAAAGGACUGCCCACUUGCUGCUUGACUGGCAGGAGAGCAGACAGAUUGGAGACACGGAGUGGCCAUCUUGUUCCUCGUACACGGUCAACUCUGCAGCAGAAAGUUCAUCAAUCAGCCUCUCGGGUACUGUGAGGGCACUUCCUGUCCAUGCAGGUUCUGACGUCAGAGUGAUCGACUUAGGACAGGACAGCUGUGGCGGACCUGGAGCAGAUGGAGGUGAUGGAGCUGAUGGUCUGAACAGGUCUCAGUUCCCUCCCCUGCUGUGUCUACCUCCAGGAAAAUCAUCAUGGGACAUCUCUACUGACAACAACCCCCUUGUUACCAUGGAGACAGCUGACCUACAGCAGCAGUGUUCUUGGUCAGAAGUCCAGCCAAGGGAUCACUUCCCUGAUCAGAACAUGGUCUACCAGACACCUAGCACACAGAAGCAGGAGUCUGGGUCCCAGGAGCCUAGCCUACCCUUUGCCUGCUCCUUCUGCUCCCGCAAAUUCUCACACCAUUGUAAGCUCCUCAUCCACGAGCGCACCCACACUGGAGAGAAGCCAUACCAGUGCUCUCAGUGCGAUAAGAGGUUUGGCAGGGUCUGCAGCCUGAAGCGGCACCAGAUGCUUCAUACGGGGGAGAGAUCGUUCCACUGCCCCCACUGCGAAAAGGCUUUCCUCACUUCUGCCAACCUGAAGAAUCACAUGAUGUUCCACACUGGGGAGAGACCGUUCCCCUGCCCCCACUGUGAGAAGGUGUUCUCCAACCCCACCAACCUGAAGAACCACCGGAUGGUCCACAUCAAGGAAAGACCGUUCCCCUGCCCCCACUGCGAGAAGACGUUCUCCAACUCCACCAGCCUGAGGGUCCACCAGAGCGUCCACACUGGAGAGAGACGCUUCCACUGCUCCAAGUGUGGCAAGAACUUCUCCUUCCUCAGCAACCUCAUCCGACACCAGGCGCUGCACCGCAACAAGUGACACAAAGAAACAGAGAUACAGGGACACAACAUUAUAGAGACACCAAGAAACGGAGACAAAGACAAAUGUAUACAAAGACAUUAAGAUAGAGAGACAAAUAUUUUAACAGAAAAACUUUUUUGCAAACCUUAAUAUCAGAGAUACGAAGAUAUAAUGUGACACAGACAUGCAAAGUUACAGUCACACCCCAGAUUUAGAAACACAACUCAUUCUUGACUACUUCAUCUGGCAAUAUACACGGCACAGCCAUAAGUGACAAAGACGCAUACAGAAAGACAGAACAAUGAAACACUAGACACUGCAAGACAGAGACAGACAAAUUCACACUACAGUAGACAGUAAACCAACACGUACACCUUCUGAUGAUGCAUACAGGAUAACAAUGACCAAGCCGUCACUGAAAUUGAACUGUUCAGGUGUGGAUUUUUUCAUACUGUAAUAAUGGAGAGAUUGUUUGCUCCUCAUUUCUUUGAAUCUUUUCUUUAAAUGUUUUAUAAGAUGACUGCUUUUUUUCCACGUUACUCUGUUUUCUUUGGAUUUACUUUAUAAAGCGCAUCACUGCUUCUCUGAUAGCUUACAUGAGUCUUCUUUUGCUCACUGUUUGAAGUUUUCAUUAAAAAAGUAAGUGAU